GUCAGGCAUGCCCAGGUCACCCUCGCCUCCUGCCGGCCUUGUGUGGUUGCGUGUCGCUCAUGGUGCUGACCCUGUCAGACUGGGGACUGGAGUGGAAGUUUUCUCAGAUUCUUGUCCUGGCCCUACCAAAAUUAUCCCUAAGUAAAGAUGCAUCCAGACCUGUCUCCUCAUUUGCACACUGAAGAAUGUAACCUAAUUAUCAGUCUGCUCAAGAAGUGUCACAAGGAGCACAACAUUUUGAAAUUUUUUGGCCAUUGCAAUGAUAUUGACCGUGAGAUGCGGAAGUGCUUAAGGAAAGAGUAUGAAGAAAACAGGAUCAGGAACCGGGAGGUGCGUCGCAGGAUAAUUAAUGCUCACAAAAACACAGAGAAAUGAGCUCAACUGUAGCUGGACAGCUGUAUCUCAACAGGGACACUUGCUUGAAUGUUGACAGAAUAGUUCUUGCCCAUCACCAGUGCUCAGCCUGUGGUUUGUGAAAUGGUGAAAAAAAAUAAAUGUGCUUAUUAAUAUAUGGUCAUUCCCAGCAAGGCAAACAGUGUGGAAAAAAAUAAAUAUAGUAAAUCAUCACUCACAAUGUAUUUUUUUACCUCUAAGAGCAAAAUAUUGUGGCAAGUCUUUGUUCUGACAU